UUAUUAUUUUUGUUUUUCAUUCUGAAAUGUUGUUUAAUCCAUCAGGUUAUUGAGGGCAUGAAAUUUGAUCGUGGUUACAUUUCUCCGUAUUUUAUCAACACCAGCAAGGGAGCUAAGGUGGAAUUUCAGGAUGCAUUAAUACUUCUCUCAGAGAAGAAAAUUUCAUCAAUCCAAUCAAUAAUCCCAGUACUGGAACUUGCCAAUGCACAGAGGAAACCUUUGGUGAUCAUCGCUGAAGAUGUUGAUGGAGAGGCUUUGAGCACUCUUGUUGUUAAUCGCCUGAAGAUUGGCCUGCAGAUAGCUGCUGUCAAGGCUCCUGGCUUUGGAGACAACAGGAAAAAUACACUACAAGAUAUUGCUAUAGCUACUGGGGGUAUAGUUUUUAAUGACGAGGCCAGUAUGGUGAAGAUUGAAGAUGUUCAAGUGAGUUUUACCUAAAUGUCUUCUAGUUUC